AUCAGUGCUCUUGGGUGGGACUAUCUCCUGGAAAGCAGAAGGUUCACCUACUGUCCAGAGGCAGUGCGAACCUUCUAUGCUUACAUGCGGCAAAACAAUGGCCAUGGUACACCUACUGUGACCACUACGGUGUAUGGUCACACCGUCACCAUCACCGUGGAGCUCCUGUCCCAGAAGUUGCACAUGUCCACCGAAGGCCGGGAGGUAAUGAGUGAGAAUGAUUUUUAUCGGUAUCACUUCAGUCCUCGAGUUGCUAUCUCACGUUUAUCCUCAAUAGAGACCUUUGGAACUAACUCUACAAAUAUAAGUUGUCUUCCUGAUGAGCUGAAGGUGCUGCACUUUUACAUCACCCGGUUUUUCCUCCCUCGCACUGUCGAUCGAUCGACGGUCACUCCUCUCGAUCUCUGGAUCAUGUCCAACGCUGUCUCGUACCAGAAGCUGAGCUAUCCACAUCUUAUGUUCCAUCAUAUGAUGGUCUACAGCAAUCAUCGCAACGGAGGGUACCUUCCUUUUGCUCCCCAGAUCUCUCGAUUCCUCCGCUGUCUUGGGAUCGACCUUGAGGACAAGGCCUCCUCUGUUAACGUGCUUGACACACUUCGUUCACAACACGUUCUUCGACGUGUUGAUGCAUCCGUUGGUGUUCGCAAGCUUCGGAGUGCUCAAGGGGGAGAAAGGGCUGAAGAAGUUCGCAACACCGAAGCUGACCUCGCUGCUGUUAGCAAAUGUUUGGAAGGAAUAACAAAAGAUACCGGAAAAAGGAAGCUGAUGGACAGAAGCAAGGAGGAACCACUUCGUCCAACCACGGAAGGAAAAAGCAUUCGAGUCAUGUCCACCAUCAAGAAUGCAGCAGCUAAAAAGGCAGAAGAAUCUUUGGAGCCAGAGGAGUUUGAAGAACCGGAAGAAGCUGAAGAGGAUGGAGGGGAUAAGGCCUCUCGGGCUGAUAAUUUUUCUCAUCCUUCCGAUGGGGAAAUUUCAGAAUAUGAGUCUGAUCCAGAGUAUGAUUUUUAGAAGUCUAAGUGUCAGGGGGAGGCUUUUCCUUUGUGUGACGUGUUAGUCCUUGAAUAAGUUGGGUCUUGUGUGACGUGUUAGUCCUUGAAUAAGUUGGGUCUUGUUUUUUCCCCUGUUUUUGCAGCAUGUGUUUUGGAAUAAUGCCUUCUCGAGUUUUCAUUGAAGUUAUGUGAUAUGGCUUUCCAAUUAAUGAUCGAGAGGAAUGUGUUUCCAUAACGGUUGUGUGUAGUGUUCUUGUGCAAAGAUUGCAGGGAAGGACGUUGCUCAACUGAGGGGGAUAUUGUUGAGGUCAGCAUCGCAAUCGUCGUACAGAAUCAGCAUCGGUGAUUUAUUUGGUCUACCACAAAGAUGGAAAGUGUGAUUGCGGUGGAAGCAAAGAAGGAAAGCUCAAACGUUAGAUUCAAACGGCUACAAAGGAAUUGGGUAAGUUGUAAGCCAUACAUCAAACCGAGUUUCAUCUCAUAUCUAAUUAUGUUUGUAAAAUCGUACCGAAUCGAAGUUAUAUUGAAAAAGUUAGUGGUUGAGUAUUUUAUACUAAAAUCGUGGUUAAUUUAACAGUUUUGUACUGCUAAAAUUGCCUAUGGUUUAGACUUUGAUAUGUGAUAUCUCGACCAGGUCGAACCUGUUGAGGUCAGCAUCGCAAUCGUCGUACAGAAUCAGCAUCGGUGAUUUAUUUGGUCUACCACAAAGAUGGAAAGUGUGAUUGCGGUGGAAGCAAAGAAGGAAAGCUCAAACAUUCGGAAUAGAGAAUGAGGCAGACUUUUAGCAAGCAAGGGUUGAGCGAUACAAGUGAGAGAAGAACUGUAUAUCAAUCAGCAAGUAAAAGUCAGCACAGAAC